CUGAACCUGACUACUGUUGGUUAAUGAUGUUUUAUAUGCAGUGCUUUUUUCUGGAGGUACGCAGGGGCACGCAUACCCCUAAACAUUUUGUGAAUCUUUGUGCUUUUGUCCAUUUGCUGUAUUUAUUUUUCCCGAUUUGAACUAUAAAAUGGUGAUUUUCUUGAGUCAAAAUAAGAGUACCCCUAAACAUUUUUUAGGGAGGGAAAGCACUGUUUAUACGAGAUUGGGGAAAACUCCGUUCUACUCUGCCAUUGAUACACUACCCAGUCGAAGGCUACGGCGCCCUGCGCACUUCAACUCCCAUCAUGCACUAUCUCUCUCCCUCCGCCCCCCCCACUUCCCGCCUAUGUAUCCGCCUCCCCGCUCUCUCGACUACUAGUCCCAGGAAGCACCGCGCGCUCCCUUCCGCCCCCAGCGCCCCGGGGUCGGGCGCCGCGAAUGCCGGGAGCCGCAGUUCCUCAGGGGCCUGUGACGCCACACAGGUCGUCGAGAAGGAGGCUGUCGGUGGGGUCGUGGAGAAGGCCGAGCUGUUUACGCCAGGCGCUCUCUCCCGGCUGGAAGGAGGAGGAGGAGGAGCGGGGCCACGGAUAUGGCCGCCUGUAACACCUGCGCAGCGGCCGCGCGGCUCCUCAGCUCCUCGCUGCCGUCCGCGCGCAGAGGUAACGGGGGUGGGGCAGCCCUUUCCCCUUCUCCCCCCUCCCCAACCCAGCUCACCCUGGUCGCGGCCUAGAGCCGGCCCCCUCCCGUCCCCUCAGGUAGGCCUUGGCCCCGCCCUUUACAAGCUAGGCCUGCCCACCCCCGAAAAUAUUCCCCACACCAUUUAUUUACGGUUUUUUUUCUGCGUCGGGUUUAAUUUGUUAGUAUCCAGCAGUUUCCAGAGGAGUAGGAUUUGUUUAUUAUAGCCCAUCAGGCUUCCAGAUGGAUGCAAUUUAAUUAUUAUCUGUCAGCUUUUAGAGGGGUAACCUGUCCUAAUAAUGUCUUGCAGCAAAACAACAAGGUUUGUAUCCAAAUCCCACUCAUAAGUAGGCCCGUUGACGUUAAUGGACACGAUUAAUUCCGGUCCGCUGACCUCAGUGGGUCUACUCUGGGUAUAACUUAAUGUUGGGUACAAUCCAAGGAUUGUAUUGUGUGACACCUUCAGUGCUAUCCUAACCAUGUAUCUUUGCUCAACAAGUAUGUCCUUCUGAGUUUAGUGGGGCUUUAUCCUAGGAAAAGUGAUGUUCGGAUUUGCAGUUUUAACACAUUUGUUAUGGCAUAAGCUUUCAUGGAACUGAAGCCCAGUGUGCCAGAAUGUUGAUUAAAACAUAUAAAUUAUAUAAAUUGUGUAUUAGCUGUUUUUAAAAAACAUAAUUCAUUAAUUAUACGUUGAGUCAGUGUACGAAAUAAGACCAAAACUGGUCGUGAGAAAAUAAAUAUAACCAUAAAAUAGAUUCAAAGCAACUUUAUAAAAAACAAUAGGAGAGCCUUUCCUUGCAAGGGUUGGGGUGUAUCAUUAGUUCCCUAGAAUUCUCUUGCAUUAGAAGCGAAGCAAGCUCCAACAUUUUGUUUUUGGUAUUUGUUGAAAACAUUUCUCCCAGGCCUUCCCAAAUCUGUUUAUUUUCAUUCUGUCAUUUUUAUUUCUUGUUUACAUUUUUAUUCUGUUUUAUUCUCCAUAUACCCUGCUCAGGUAUUCCCUGAAUGUAGUUUAUAAAUUCUGGAAUAAAUUAAAAGCUCAAAUUUUGGUUGAAAUUUGCCACAAAUUCUCUAGGAGGCUUUUAGGCUGGGUCCAUAGUUUGUUUAUUACCUAAUUGCUGGCCUUCGGUAUAUGUUGUAACCCUGUGAAGUGUCUAUGUAUCUUUUCAGGCAGGGAAAAUAAACAGCAUCCAAAGGUGGGGUCCAACAAUAUAUUUCCUUAAAAAAAGUAGCAACAAAUGCUUCAUCCACCCAUCCCCCUUUGUAAAUUGAAAUAAGAGGGGUGACAAUACUGAUCUGCGUAGCAGAGGAGUUGUUAAGAGUACUGAAGGUAACCUCUGUGAAGUGCUUUCAACUCCUUAAAUGAAUUAAAGGAGAAUUCUAGUUGUAUUUAUACAGACAUCAUUCCCAUUGGUUUCAAAGUAUAUUUAGUAUUUGCAGCCUUACCCCUACAAUUCCAUGCAGAGUUACCCGUCUUUAAGUGCCACUUAAUACAGUGGCACUUGCUUCUGAGUAGAUGUAUGGUACUUUGGAUUGCACUGUUAGCCUUUGUUGCUUAUACACCUUUUGUGAGGCUGCUUUCCCCCUGCAGUUUAUUUUGUGUUAAGCAUUUAUCUGUGCUGUUGAAGGCCAACCAGCUGAAAUCACACAAAUUAAACUUACGGAAGGCAGAGAGCUUACAAGCUCUUUCUGCACUGUGUUUUCCUGGUUUGGAAAGAGCUUUUAAGCUCUCCACCUUGCUUACUGGGCUCUGGGAGGUUCUCACAACAGAGCCCAGUAAGCAAGGUGGAGAGCUUAAAAGUGCUCUGCCUUGUUUGGGGUGAAAUACCUGUUUGGUACACAGGCUCUAGAAGGUAAGAUUGUUUGCUUGGGGCGGUUCCAAGGGGGUGGCUUGAUUAUACGUGUUUUUACAGACUAUCCCUGAAACAUAACCCACAUGCAAGUUGACUGUACUAAGAGUUUGUUUGAUUUUGUUGUGGUUUUUUAUUUUUUGUAAGAUUCCUUGGCUUGAUUUUUAACAUUUAAAAAGGUAGGACAUAUAAAUGUCUGAGCAACAUGUUAUGUUUAUACAAGAGGGCUGUCUAACACAUGGGAAGACUGUUUUAAGUUGCUAUGAAUCAACUCAUUCCGUGCAGUACAUAUGUUGAUGAUUUCUUUCAGAUUUGGAAAAAUGGGUAAACUUAGAAUCUCUCAAAGAAAGGUUACCAUACAUUGUUAAUAGAAAAGGUUUUAUUUUUCAUUAAUCACCUCUUAACUUUCAGCCUAUUGACUAAACUUUACUGUCACUGAUUAAUCAGUGGCCCUCCAGAUGUUGGACUCUAGCUCCCAUCCAAGGGUGUCCAAACUUUUUUCAAAGAGGUCCAGUUUUGAUAAAGUGAGCAUGCAUGAGGGCUGACCAAAAUUGUCAACCUUUUUUUAGAACUGCCACAGGGGCAGGAUUAAACCAACUGACGGGCCAGAUUAGGCCCCCGAAACGGACUUUGGACAUGCCUGCCUAGGCCAUUUGUCAUACUGGCUGGGGCUGCUAGCUUCUUGUUCAUAGUCAAAGGCAGUGAAUCUCUAUUCUUUGUGAAUCUUCUGCAUAAUGACCCAACUGCAUACAUAUCCAUAUUGGAGUGUCUCACUGAUGUCCUUACAUCUGAUUUAGGAGCACCAUGACAACGUUAUUCUCCAACCAAUAGGUGAGCCUGCAGCAGGUCUUAUCAAUAUGGCAACACAUCUGCUCCAGUCCCACUACCUCAGCAAUCACUCUGAUCCUAAAACAAUUUGCACAUUGAAUGAGAACACACUCCAUAUGAUGAACACUUGCUCUUUGAUAGCUGUGGAAGGUGAAAGAGUCCUUUGUGGGACUUUGGUCACAACCUUUGGUGAAAAUGAGAUGCAGUGACUUCAUUGGAGCAAAGUUCCUAAUAAGUGACUUUAGCUGGAUUGGUGGUAGAUUGUCUACAAUGUGGGCUGAGUUUGUUUUGCAAAACAAAAUAAUUUGUUUCUUUUGCAGGUAUUACAUGUGGCCGUUCUUGCCUUCCUGUUUUAGGAAUAAUUGGGACUUUUGAAGCACGGUCACUAAGAAGUAUUCCCUUGAGAACUUUCUCUGAAACACCGGCAUAUUUUGCUUCAAAGGAUGGUGCAAGCAAAGAUGGUUCAGGAGAUGGGAGUAAGGUAUGCAAGCAUUUUCCGUAGACCUUGUUCUUCCAAAAAAAGUGUUCACAGUAGUUAGGUUUUUCUCUUUUUAAAAAACCAAAAUUUAGAAGCUUCCUAAAAACUUGAAAAGAAAUUAUUCAGCAUGAUUUCUGGCCACAAUUUGAAUCCAUGCUUUUGCUAUUUAAGUGAAUAUAUUGUAUAGCAACUGAAUAACACUAAAUUGGGAAUGACUGUGUAGCGAUGCCAUAAAACUCCAAACCAUGGAUAAAGACCCUGCUGCACUACAGAUAGCCUUAUGAAUGAAUCCAAGUUGCUUGUGCAUGUGAACGCUCAAAUCCUGAUUUGGAUUCUAGACUAUGAUAUAUAGUUUGACAUGAUGUCUGAGUUGAGCCAAGGAAGCUUAGUUAUAAAAUCAUAAAAAUUGGUUCCUCUUUAAAUUCAAUACUUUGGGGUAUGUGUUUUGUUUCUUUCCUGACAAAACAUGUUUAAAUUGUGGAGGGCCUUUUUGAGAGAGAGAGAGAGAUUUCUUUAGCUUUGAAACACAAACCUUACAUCAGGGAUCAUUAUUGUCAGGCACCUGCCAAAGCCUGCACCCUUCUGAGGCCCCACUGCCUACCCCCAGAGCCUCCUGGCCCUGUUCCUGCUCCUCCUUGCUGUCGCUUCAAGUUGACCUGCAUUCUCUGUUCAUGUAAGUAGUGACAGGAAUGAGGAGACGGAGCAGUGACUUGCGCUUCCCCUCUGGGAAGUUUCAGGAUUGGGCCUAGGGGGAGGGGGCAAGCAGAAGGGUAGCCAUGAGACUGGCAUGGAGCCUCUCCUACUCUCCUAAAUCAAGAAUUGGCACUGUUUAUAGUUGCACAAAUUGCUGUUCCAGACUCCUUUAAUUUUUUUAUCUGUAUUUUUUUUUCAUCGAUAUUAAUGAGAAACCUCUUCACAUGAAUGAUUAAUAUUUUAGUGAGCUAAGAAGCUUCUCAGAAAUAUAUGAGAAUACACAACACCUUCGCAGGGUGAACAUGGAUGCCAUGUUUGUGUAGAAAACGGCAGGGAAAUUUUGGAGUGAAACGGGCAGGCAGGGAUGGGUGGGUGGAUAAGGUAAAACCAGAGACCUUGUUUCUAGUGGGUGAACAUGCUGAUGGAAGCAGGGGCGAGGAGGAAUAAUGUGAAGUGCAACAAGUUUGUAAAUCUGUUGCCUGGCUCUAACAGUCCAAAUCCUGUUUUAUUUACUUCCAUUAGAAAACUGUUAGUGAAGGCAACAGCAAGAAGUCAAGUUCUGGAGGCUCCGGCAAAGGCGGAAACCAGCUGCGUUGCCCAAAGUGUGGUGACUUAUGCACACAUGUGGAGACCUUUGUGUGUAAGUUGUAGCAGGGCUUUUUGGGGCUCUGUAGAUUGACUUCGCAUUUUUUGUGAAAAUUAUUUAUAACUAAGGGUUUUUAAAAUUAUUCCUUCUGAAUGAUAAGUUGCAUGUGUGUGUGUUUAACUAUGUGUAAGAGCUGAUUCUGGAAUAGGUUGAAGGUAACAUCCCAGGAGUUGGAAUAAAUAUCUUAUAGUAUGGCCAAUAUAAACCUUGCCCCUUGGUAUUGUGUUUCUUCUGUUCUGCUGGAUCAGCUCAGUUCUGAAUAGAGAGCCUUAAUGGUGAGCAAACAGCAAAGUAUGCAUCUUAAAAUAAUAAUAAUAAUAAUAAUAAUUGCUGCUCAUAUUCUCCAGCAACCUGAUUCUACAUUUUCGGGUUCCCAGUGGGUUAAAAAAUGAAUCCAGGCAGUGCUUUUUUCUGGGGGGGGGGGGGAUGCAUACCCCUAAACAUUCUGUGAAUCUUUGUACUUAAGUCCAUUUACUGUAUUUAUUUUUCCCGAUUUGAACUAUAAAAUGGUGAUUUUCUUGAGUCAAAAUGAGAGUACCCCCUAAACAUCUUUUAAAGAAAAAAAGCACUGGAUCCAAGAAACCUCUUGUUGGGCACCUGACCUGUUCCUACUUUCCUACUAACUUCUCAGGAAUCCUGUUGGACCUGCUGCUUGCUGCCUGUGCCUCUCCUCAUGUGUCAGGUCCAUGUUUGUGAGGUGGAGUUGUAAGAAGCAGGAUUUUGUUAGGCAUAAUUGCAAGAAGAUUAAUGGCUUCCCAGGGUUUUCCUCCUUGGCAUCAUCUUGGCUCUGCAGCAGUUGAUAGAUAGACAGGUUUUCCUCCACCGAAGGGGUGAGGCGUGAUAAAAGGCACUCCAGGGUUUUGAGAGAGGAGAGUUGCACCUUAUCACUGCAAACACUGACUCAGUCCUUUUUCUUGUGACUAACAGCUUUCAACAUGCCCAGAAAGCAGAGUCAGAAUGAAUUUUCUUUUUUUCUAGCUAAUGUUGCAUCAGAAAUAUAAGUGGGCUUCCCCCAGUAGUCAAGAUGGUUGGAAUUAGGCAAGAUUAUUUUUGUGUUGACACCCUUAAUCUCACUUGAGGAGCUAGUGUCUUUUAGGAGGAUUUAAGGGAUAAGUUUCCACAUGACAGUUGAAUUUCUCACAUGUCUUUUUUGUCUUUCCUGACUGAAGUUCAGGGUGGUAAAUGGGGCAGAGCAGGGGGCUAUCCCAUUUCACUUCACAACAAUCUAGUGAAGUUGACUGGUGUGUAAGUGACUGUGUGUGACCCAAAGUUACAGUGGUGCCCCGCAAGACGAAUGCCUCGCAAGACGGAAAACCCGCUAGACGAAAGGGUUUUCCGUUUUUGAGUUGCUUCGCAGGACGAAUUUCCCUAUGGGCUUGCUUCGCAAGACGAAAAUGUCUUGCGAGUCUUGAGAUUUUUUUUUCGCUUCCCCCCCCCUUUCUAAGCCGCUAAGCCUUUAAUAGCCUUUUAGCAGCUAAGCCGCUAAGCCUUUAAUAGCCGCUAAACCGCUAAUAGCGCUAAUCCGCUAAGCCGCUAAUAGGGUUGCUUCGCAAGACGAAAAAACCGCUAGACGAAGACACUCGCGGAACUGAUUAAUUUCGUCUUGCGAGGCACCACUGUAUUCAGUUUGUUUGGAAUAUUGGUAGCCUGUUUGUUUAAUUUUUUUACUAAAAGGCUCCCAGGUGACUAGGAAACUAUUAAGACCUAUAUAAAAACAUAACAAAUAUUUAAUUGGCUAAUUAAUUAAUAUUAGUUAGCAGCAGCAAUGAUCACAGCAGAAGAAACAAAAAAAGGCGCUAGUCAGAGCCUCCUAAUGGCCCCCAGGAAGCUGCCUUUAUACAGAGUCAGACCUUUGGUCCAUCUAGUGUUGUCUGCACUGAUUGGAAGCAUCUCUCCAGUGAGUCUCUCCCAGCCCUGCCUGGAGAUGCCUGUACCACUGAUCUGCAACCCUUUCCCUCAGGACCAGGGCUAGUUUGGCCUGCUGUUUUGAAGCCAUUCUAAGGAAUAUUGAAGUUUAUGACUGAAUGGUGAGACAGUAUCCACUACCCUAUGCUGGCUUAUAGCAUCCAAAAACAAUGUUGUUGUUGUUAGAUAGGCUUGUCUGCCUAUCAUUUCCUUGGAAUAGGGAUCUGGAACUGAAAUGUGAACUUUGCAAGAGUGAUCUGUCAGCACAUUUCUUGUUUUCUGCUGCCUCCUCCCUGUGUGAUAUUGCCUGAAAACUCAAGUGGGUAGAGAUGUUGAAAUAACAUUUAAUAUUCAGGGCUAGAAAAGUAUGCACCGAGGCCCAUGGUCUGGAGCUGGGGAAUAGAAACAGGAAAUUAAGAAGUUUAAUAUUUUUACAAACCAGUACAGGAUGUGGAAGUAUCUAUUCAGCUGUGCAUGCCUCCGUAGAAGUCAUUCCAGCGCUGUGUCAGUUGAGACAAAUGUUGCAGCAGAACAAGCCUGAGCUUUCAUGGUCUCUUGACUCUGCACAAGUUCUAGUAGUAAGAACAGUUAGCGGUUGUAGUACAAAAAGCCAUCUAAUUGGAAGAUUCCCUCCACUCUAGAUUUUAUCUGAGAUCUUUCAGUGUGAUUCAGUAGUCUACCUUUUACCUUCCCUUGAAUGUGGAGCUGUGGAAAGUCUUGUUCUCCUACCAGCUGGAUUACAAUUUUUUCUGGCAAUUCAGGCACUUGUGGCUUGAACUGAAAUUAUGGUUUUGUUACCACACAUUACAUAUGUUAAUUAGUAUACCAAAGCCAAGAAGUAUUUUCACCCAACAGAACUAUUCUUUAUUUUGUUUGUUUAUAAUGUGAAAGCAUGUCGAAUCACAAGUGUUUCCACUAUGAAACAAUAUAUUUCAGAGCAUCUCUCCUAAUACAAAUCUCCCUUCACUCUUCACUUGAGACCUUCUUCCAGGAGCCCCAUCUGAGGCAGGCUCAGAGGGUUGCAACAAAGGAAAGGGCCUUUUCAGUUGUGACUUUCUGCUUGUUGAAUGCUGUUCCGCAGUGAAGUCCAUCUGGUACUAUCAGUAACAUCCUUUUGGUGCCAGGUAACAACUUACAUCUUCUCCCAGGCAUUUGACACAUUAGGAUGAUUUUUCUCUCUGUUGAUAGCAUGUUUCUGCUGCUAGAGUCUUUUACACCAUCCUCUCCACCUUGCUUCCCUCCUGCUACUCAAGGCAAGGAAACCUCCCAGGAGUGCAAGAUAAGUAGUGCAAAAAGCUAGCUGGCUGAACCUCUCACUGCUCAGCAAAGGGGCCUUGAGGUUGGGGGCGGAGAGAGAAUCAAUUUAAACUUCUACCCUAAAUUAUUACUGUUACCAUCCUGCCAUUGCUGACAAAAAUGAACAUGGUUGUUACUGUUGUGUCUAAUUCCUUUUUGACUUCUAGAUUUUAUAAACCUGCAGAUAGCCCUGAUUCUGGGGAUCAGGUAUACUUCACCACCAACCCCUACAGUUAAUAUAUGCAAAAUAGUGCAGCCACACAGCUAACAGAAACACAGGUGCCAGGUUCCACCCAACGUGGGGGGGCGGGGGGCGGCGGCACGCAGGAGAUGGACCAACAGGGCUGUCACUGCUGUGGGAAGGCCUGAUUGGGCCUGCUGUUGCUGCUUUCAGUUCUGCUUCACUCAAAAUUCUUUUUGCAUUUCAUUUUCCUUUGACUUCUACCUUCUCUACAUUUUCUCCUCCCCCCAUGUUUAUGCAAAUAUAAAUAUAUAGCGUCAUCUCAUUGACUUAGACUCCAGCAAGCAUAAAUACAUUGUCAACAAAUAUUGUGUGGGUUUCAAUAGGUCAAAAACAAGUUUGCUGUGGUACUGGACUAUGUGAUCUCAGUUAUCAAAAGGCCUUUAAAGGUACAAAGGUCUGAAACUGUAUUUUUCAUGUGACUGGUCUUAGACGCAGAGGUGGUCAUGCUGCUCUUCCUGGGCUUGAGGGCAUUUGAGGACCACAGGUGGAAUCUGGGUGGAGCUUAGGUUGUGCAUUGCUAGAGCUCUGUAGAAUAUACAGAGGAGAGAGGCAUUGGCUUUAGUAGACAGUUUUGUUUGUUUCGUCAUUUAUGGCUUUAUCCCUGCUGGGACUUUUGGAACACAAAUCUUCUCAGCAGGGCCCGACUAAUUGCAAUCUAAUUAACACAGUGUCCGCUGCAUCCUCAUGCUGCUUUGUUCUGUGCUGUGGAGAAAUCUUCCUCAUCAGUGGAACACAGACAUGCUUAUUUUCUGGAUCACAGAGUGAUAGCAUACAUAAAUGGGAAAUACAACCCUGAUGACAAAACUCUUGUUGUUUGCAUGGCUGUGCACUUGUGCUCUUGGACACACAAAUAAGAUUAUCCUACACAGAAAGAAAAGGAUCAUGGAGAGGUGCCCCCUCCGUUUCUAGCGCUCUGGCAGCGUGUUAGGCUCAUAAUGGGUCUUCAAGAAAGAAGCAGAGGAAAGUUAUGUAGUUGAAAAUAUAGGGACAGGAGAUUUGGGCAGUGACCCAAGGUCCCUGUCUAUCUAGUAUCUGGGAAAAUAGAAACUCCCAUCAAUUCUGUGCUCUGUGACUCUAUCACAGAUAUUGAUUGAUUGAUUGAUUGAUUGAUUGAUUGAUUGGAUUAAUAUAAUUCAGGAAACAAACUGGGCAUGCCUGGGGCGCCUAUAUCCCUUCUUGCAUUCUUCUCAUUUGUGUAUAAAGUGUGGGUGUGUCUGUGUUCUACAUCAAAAGGCACAGAGAUGACAGAAGCUGAACCCUGCACCACCUCCUGCCUUACCUCACUGUACCUCAUUGCUUCAGGUGCUCCCCCCCCCCAAAGUCCAAGUCGCUUUGGAAUUGGAACCAGGCACAUUAAAGCUGGAAGCAAGCAGGCAGGGAAAGAUUCAGCUCUGUGCAAACUUGGUUGUCAAAAUUAGACCCCUUUGCCCCGCUUCUAUUUAUUUUUUUACCUGACUUGUUAGUUGUUUCUUACCUGAAUGUCUCCAAAUGACUUACAGAGCAUUAAAAAUAUACAUAUAAGCAAUAUAUUAGAAUAUUAAAACAGAUAAAACAAUGCACAUAGCAGCCACAGAAAGCUUGGCAGCACACCAGUGAUUAAUUUGCUUGUGAAUGGGGCAGACACAUGAGCAGCCAAUAAUGUUGCCCACAUCUUGUGUAGCUUGGCCCGAACUGGCUUCCCCUGAUCAUAUUACAACCCUGUGGAAUUCCAGUACCUAUCUUUGUGAUAUAGAGAGAGCUAGUUAAACGUGGCAUUUGUACAUAUGAGAUCACAUAUUUGCAGAUGCAAUCAAAUAUAUCGCUUCACUUGCUCUACAUUUCUUAUUCUGAGGGUCAGACCCCAGUAUUAAGGUACUCCUUUUUUCCUGCUCUGAAUCAAUUAUCUCAUCUUUCAGCUAAACUGAUGCUACUUAGAACCAGAUCUUAACACAUUGGUUCCCAAAUUUUUCCCACAGACCUCCUGAAAAUUGCUGAGGGUCUUGGGAGACAGACCACUUUAUGAUUUUUCUGCCUUCUGUAGCAAUUUAAUGCACUGUGCUAAAUAUUGUAUGAUUUUAAAUUGAUUUAAUUUGAUUGCUUCUUUUAUUUCCUAUAUAUUGUAAAAUAUAAGAAAUAAAAGAAGCAAUAACAAUACAUCUAGAUCGGUUCAAAUGUUUAAUGUGGUGGAUGUGCUAUAUCCUAUGUUCAGUUACAAAUCCAGACAUGUUGACUAAAGCUUGCAGCCCACAGUCCAGGAACCUCUCCUAUAAGAUAUCCAUGUUUACCCCUCCCAUAACAUUAAACAAAGUGUCAUUUUUGAGGAAGUAACUAUUGCUUCUUGAAAGAAAAAUCCAGUAACUCUUUGCAGUUGUUGCUCUUCCCCAUUUACUUUGGAACACAAAAAUGCUUAUCAAAUAUAAGCCGCUUUGCAUCCCAACAAAACUGGAAGCUUCAGGUCCUGCUUGAGUGUUGUCUGUUUUGGGAAACAUAGUUAAAACAAUCCUAGUAAUUAAGUCACUAAAAUGUCAAGAAAAGGCCAGUUGGGAAAACAACACAACUUGAAACUGUGUUGCUGAAUAAUAAGCCUCUUGACCUCAGAGAAUGUCCCUAGUGCUUCACAAAGUUAGUUUUACAUCAGGAAUGACUGGUGUAAGAUUUCUUCCUGGAAAGCAGAAAGGAUUUGCUGACCUCCUGUUUCAGGCCUUGGGCUCUUAGCUCUAGUUACACUUCACCUGUCCAAAACGUCCUCCAGUAUAUAAGUGCCUUGGGAGUCUGUUUGGGCCCCAUUCUACAUGCUGGACACAGUGUUUACUGCACAGUUAGUAUGACUGAGCAGUUGCGAGUGGGGAGAUUUUCCUUCUUGGGUUGAGAGUGCAGCACCCACUAAUGAAGAGACCAAGUUUAGAGCUUAGUUUAUUGUAUUUGCUUAACAGUUUUCCAUCCAGACGGUGCUUUACAAAAGCCCCCUCAGAUACAUAGAAUAAGAAUCUGAUGUCUUGUAUUGUGUUUUCCAAGCUAAAGGUUCCUUGGAUGCAGAAAACUGAGGUGAUGUUCUUUGAUUCUUUUGAGACAGUGAACUGUGUAAUUUUUUUCAAUGUAUAAUAGUGGCUUGCUGGCCUCGGUAGCACUUCCUCUUACCAGGGUGGGGCAGGGUAAAAGUGGAGCAACGCAGGCCCACUGGCAGAGCCAGUUGUUUGGAAAUCACUUACAAGAUUUGAGUUUAAAAUAGAACCUUGGUUAAAUUCUAUAAUAUUGAAGGGUUUUUUUUGUUGUUGUGCAUGAAAUGGUUCGUUGGUGCUAUGCUUUGGAAGAUAAACUGAAAAACACAAAUGAAUUUAUAAACCAGGGUGAGGAAUCUUUUCAAGCUUGGAGCCACAUUCCUUUAUGAACAACCUUCCAUGGGCCACAUGCCAAUGAUGGCCGUGGCCCAAAACAAAAGCAGGUAUGGUCAGAUCUGUCAAGAGGUAGGACUAGGCCGCACACACCCUUGCACACUCACAUAUGCAAGCACACCACGCACAUUUUCAUAUUUGCGCUCUCUCACACAUCUGUGUGUGUGUGUGUGUGUGUGUGUGUGUGCGCGCGCACACACACACACACACACACACACACACACACACAGACUGUCACUGUUAUCUCCCUUCCCCAGUAAUGAGACUUGAAAAGUCUAAUUUCCAGUGGGAAGCAGGUGAUUUUCAUGAAGAUUGCAGCUGGGUGUGGGGCUUCUUGGAAGGUAAUCUUCAUGCUCAAUUGCCAUGAGGUGGGCUAGAGAUUUUUAGAAGGGGAGGUGCAGCACAUAGAGGGGGAGAAGGGUAUCCAGUGAUCCCCUCAAGUGCCUCCCUGCGCAGUGGUUUUGCUUAAAAACAGCCUCCCAUUUGCUCCAUCGGUAGGUUGUUUUCAAGCUCCUAAUUGCUGCAAAUGGAGUGGGGAGGGGAGGCUUUAAGCCAGAAGGAGCAGCCAAACCAUGGGCCAGUCUUCCACCCACACUCUCAAGCAUUCCAAUUGUUCCAUAAGUUUUUACUUGCGUUAAUCCACUCUUAACUGCUGGAUAAAUCAGUUGUUACUAAAUAACUAUUGUCUUGUUUGUGUUUAUGCCCUUUUCAGCUUCUACCCGCUUUGUGAAAUGUGAAAAAUGCCACCACUUCUUCGUCGUGUUGUCAGAAGCGGAUUCCAAGAAGAGCAUCAUUAAAGAACCAGAAUCUGCAGCCGAAGCUGUGAAGUUGGCCUUCCAACAGAAGCCGCCACCUCCACCAAAAAAAGUAGAGCCUUCUUUCUUUGACUGGACUUUGAUUAUCUUACCUUGAAGUUUUGUGACUUGUUUUUUCACAAAGCCAAACAAAAUUCUGCUUUAUUGUGCUUUCGUAGUGUGAUAUCCAAGGUUAGUCAUUAGACCUAACAAAGUCACCGGACUUCAGGGAGACUAUUCUUAAGUAUGGCUUACAUUGGGUAUCACCCAUAAGCUUCAUUUGUCCCUUCAAAUUUGCUUAAAGGGUUUGGGAAGAAAAACAGGGCUCUUGAUGCAGUUCAACAAUAUAAGCCCACCACCACUAUUUUAAAAAAUAAAAUAAAAAAUCCCUAGUUUGUAUGCUCCCAGGAUUUGGGGAGGAAACCAAAGACCUUGGUUACCUUCAAAGGAGAAAUUUUCCUGCAAAAUAUAUACAGUGGUACCUCGGAUUAUAUACGCUUCAGGUUACAGACUCUGCUAACCCAGAAAUAGUACCUCGGGUUAAGAACUUUGCUUCAGGAUGAGAACAGGAAUCGUGUUCUGGCGGCGCGGCAGCAGCAGGAGGCCCCAUUUGCUAAAGUGGUGCUUCAGGUUAAGAACAGUUUCAGGUUAAGAACGGACCUCCGGAACGAAUUAAGUACUUAACCCAAGGUACCACUGUAUUGGGAAUUUAAGUGUGGGAUUUUCCAUCACCCCACUGGAAGUGAGUUUAAAGUGAUCAGUAUUAUUAACUAAACAUCUUCUGGCCUUGAGGGGAUCCGUUGACUGUUUCUUUUCUCUUUUUUCGGCCAGAUUUAUAACUACCUCGACAAGUAUGUUGUUGGCCAGUGUUUUGCCAAGAAGGUGCUUUCGGUCGCAGUGUACAAUCAUUAUAAGAGAAUCUACAACAAUAUCCCUGCCAACCUGAGGCAGCAAGCUGAAGUUGAAAAGCAAACUUCCUUAACACCAAGAGGUUUGUUUUUCAUAUUACAUCGUAUGUGCAGAUAUGUCUGGCACCAUCAGUCAUGCUGUCUCCUCCCUGUGUGAUCUUGGUGCCAAGUGGCAGUUAAACAGUACACAUUCUGUUAUCGUUUCAGUGUUGGUGAUUUGUCCACAGGAUAGACAGAUUAUUGGCAACCCAAAUUAUUUGAUUGUUUCUGCCUCAAUUUUUGCACUGUUGCAGUUUAACAGAGAGUUUUUCUUUCUUAGAACCUUUUUGAAAGCUGACUUUUGCUUACGUACUUAUCAUACACUAUAUUCUUCCCUCAAUUUUUUCAACACAUGAGAAUCAAAAGGUAGAAUCCUUUUAAGUAACAGGUUUGAAUAAGUUGCCUUCGUUAAAGGAAUAUUGGGGCAAGAAUAUUCUUAAUGGACAACUAGAUUUAUUUGCAUAUAGACUAUCACCCCUGAUGUAGAACAAAAGUAAUGUUAUUUCAGAUACAUGGAAAGACAGUCCAGAAUAUAAUGGUGGGUAGUAUGCAUGGAACAAAAAAACUAAUUUAACUCUCCUGUGCUUAGGGGGCAAAAUCACUUUAAUCCAGCAUCACAGAGUGGACCCUAGUUCACUUUUAAAAUUACAUAUGACAGCAGGCGAUGGUCAUAUGGUAAACUCAUUUAAAUGAAUGAACUUAAGUAAAUUAAGUCUGUUGGUUUCAGUGAGUCUACUCUGAUAAGGACCAGCAUUGCUUGCUACCCAGAAAUAGUAAUUGAAUGCUAAAAAUAUAUUAAGGGUUCUUAUCAUGUUGGAGCAGACAAAUUUACACCUGGAGAUAGAUGGCUGCUGAAGAGUGUGAUCUCUGAAAUUGAGCGAGGUUUCAAAAUGACAAAUAUGUCUGCUGUUCCCAGAAAAAGUCAAACGUCCAACUGGCUCAUAAGAGAAGUGUCUGACCCAUUUAAUGCUGUUAAAUUUUAGCAAGGCUUCUUUUUCUUUCUUUUUCUAUAAUACACCUUCGGAUUACAUAUGUAUAAGAUUUGCACUGCAAGUGUAGAGUUUUUGUGUGUGUUCAUUUUUUGUAUCUCUUGCUUUUCUUAAUCCCAACUCCAUUUUAAAAUUACAAAUACUAAUAUCAACUCUUUAGCAUAACUAUUUUAAUACUGACUUCCAUUCCUUUUUUUUUUUAAGAUAAAAAAUUAGGGAGGCUGUUAAAAUUCUGAAUGUUUGCGGAGGAGUUUUCUUGCAAUAUAAAUUAAAUCAAUUGUUCCAUAAACCUGUAUUCAGAAGAGGGCAAGAGGUGAAGAAAGUGUCAUGCUUUUCUUUUCAUUUAUACAUAUAUAAAUAUAUGUAUCGUAUUACUGUUUUCAUCCUCUCUCUUAGAAUUAGAAAUCAGAAGACGGGAGGAUGAGUACAGAUUUACAAGUAAGUGGGCUUUCCUCAUGUCCUCCUCUGCAAUAUCUCCUUGCCUGAAUUGAACCAUGAGCAGUAUUUUAAUUGUGACUCUGUAAAAAUAAUACAGCAAAUCCAGACGGCAUUCAUUUUCUAAAUAGCCGCUCAGGCCUAGUUCUCACUGAGGUAGAAAACCUGUGUCUAGAGCUGCAGUUUUACCCAGGACUAAGCCUGAUUGAAUUCUGCAGGACUUACUGCUUAGUAGAAAUGGUCAGCAUUGUGCUAUAGCUGUAUUACUUCAGGUUGGGUUGUGGGAGAGAAGCCCAUGUGAUAGAAAGCUCCAACAUUAUGGGGGCAGGAUACCUACAUAUAGAAAACUACCAUGUCAGGGAGAAGGGUACUGGUGGAUUGCUUUCUGGGGGUGCAGAAAUUAUUUUUUUGAUGUAGUAUGAUCCAGACAUGUGAGCCUUCACCUGCAAUCUGCAGUAGUACAGUCCAGACACAGGUUGGCUGUGAAAACAAUACCUCUGUGUUUCCACCAGGAGUGAGUUACCUGUUAACCUACAGGUGUAGGGGGAUUACUAGAAAUCCCAUCAUCUCUGACGAUUGGUCAUAUUGGCUGUGGCUGAUGGAAGUUGGAGUCCCAACAGAAUCUGGAGAUCAAUGGGUUCCUCUUCUGUGAUUUAGGGAGUGUCUUAAAAUGAGGAUGAUUUAGCUUUACUUCAACACGGUGUGUUGAAGGCAGGUAAAACCUCCUCAGAACUUCUAGAAAUAAUUUUAAUACUUGAUAUGUGAGUGAAAGCUUAAACUUCCUGUGGAUUUGAUACUAACAAUGGCUGUGAUGUGAAGUUUAGAACUUAGAUUAUUGUGCAGUUCCAGCAUAGAGUCACUUAAUUUAAAUUACAAAACUAAAGAAGUAUCCAGUGAGGUAUGUCUAAAUGUCAAAUUCUUUCCUUUCUUGAUGGGCCUGAAUUAAAAGAAAUUCUUGCCUGCGAUAUUUUUAUUGGGUAACUUUUUGCAGAGUCACUAUCAUGGAUCUCUAUUAUCCAUUUAACAUUUAACAUUUUUCCCAUUACUGUGGCACCUGAAGGACUUCUGAUUACCUUCAGAAGAAAAUUUGCCUUAAAAGUAAUUUGUAUGGAAAUGGGAAAUGAGAAACUUCCACUUCAACUAGAAUAUUUCUGAUCUCUUUAUUCCAAAAUAUUUGUUAGAAUCUAAAUCCUCCCAUGAUGAUGUAUGUUGCAAUCUGGUUUUCAGAUGCUAUGGUCUCUCUUGAUUUUCAGGUAGAUGGAACAAUACUUGGAGUUGUCUGGAAAAAUAUGUGCAUGUUCUGCAGGCUGUCUCAAACAAAUCUAGAUUGAGUCAAUUUGAUUCUCAGUUACUUUGACUUGUACAUUUCAGAACUUCUCCAGAUUGCGGGUAUUAGCCCCCAUGGCAAUGCUUUGGGAGCGUCAAUGCAGCAGCAGGUGAACCAACAGAUGCCCCAGGAAAAGCGAGGAGGUGAAGUGUUAGAUUCAACUCAUGAUGACAUCAAGCUUGAAAAAAGUAAUAUUUUGCUGCUUGGACCAACUGGAUCAGGUUUGUAAGGGCGUGUUGUACCUUGUUAAAACGUUCAGGUUGUUAGGUAGAUUGUUAUGUACCGUAUUUUUCGCGCUAUAAGACGCACCAGACCAUAAAACGCACCUAGUUUUUGGAGGAGGAAAACAAGAAAAAAAAUAUUCUGAAUCCCAGAAGCCAGAACAGCAAGAGGGAUGGCUGUGCAGCGAUCCCUCUUGCUGUUCUGGCUUCAGCGAAAGCAACACAAAGCCUCUACAGGGCAGAGGGAGGAACGCUCCACCUGCCCUGAAGAGGCUUUGUGCGGCUAUCCCAGAAGCCAGAACAGCAAGAGGGAUCGCUGCGCAGCGAUCCCUCUUGCUGUUCUGGCUUCUGGGAUUCAGAAUAGCUUCAGCAAUAGCUGCGCAGCCUGUAUUUGCUCCAUAAGACACACACACAUUUCCCCUUACUUUUUAGGAGGGAAAAAGUACAUCUUAUAGAGCAAAAAAUACGGUAAAUUACAUCAGUUUUGAGCAAAAUUCUAGGAAGGAGGUCUAGGAAGCUCUAGGAAGGAGCUUUACAUGGGGACCAUGUAAAGACUAGCUACCCUUUAAGUUGACUGAGUUCCUUUUUAGGGAAGAACAGAGAGAGAGAAGGCAGUUUCUUCCUGAAGACGUGUACUUCACAUCUUAUAGAAGUAACUAUCCUUACGCUGACAGUUUUUCUGAGUUUAAUAUUUCAUUAACAUUUAGAUUCCAUCUGUCCAAUAUGGCAGUCAAGAGAAGCUGCAGAGAUUGCUCCAAAUAUCAACAUGCCUGUAAUAGCUUAAAGGCAAAGUUUUUAAUUCAGUAAUACACAUACCACUGCAUCUAGUGUUAUAAACAUAUUGUAAACUAGGUGCUGAUAAUAUCAUAAGCUGCUUUUAUUUAUUUUUAUUUAUUUCAAGGAAAAUGUAAAUAAAGUAAUGGACUUGGUAUUGUACCCUGCAUAUUAGCAAGAAAAUUGUAAUGGUGUCUUUACUUAAUCUUGUAACCCUUCCUUUGGACUAUAAAUGUGUGUUUGUGUUUUAAAUAAAAAGUUGACCAUAGCAUUGUAGUCCUUUUUGCAAAAAAUGAAAUAAAUAUGCACAACUUUAUUGGAUUAGAAUAAUGGUAUUCCUUAAGUGCCUGCUAGUUGUAUAAUAAACCUUUUAGACAUAAAAUGGUUGGCAUGCCAGGUUACCGGAAUUUCUAGAUCUGCUAAUACAAAAGCAAAUAUCACUGGUAGUUGACUCCUAGUGGAAAAUAAUUAAAUUUUAUAAAAAUAAGCCUUCGAGUGAAUGUUAAUAACAUAUAUAUAUUAACCUAGGUAAAACCCUGCUGGCUCAGACUCUGGCGAAAUGCCUGGACGUCCCUUUUGCAAUCUGUGAUUGUACCACUUUGACUCAAGCAGGCUACGUGGGAGAAGAUAUUGAGUCUGUUAUUGCAAAACUACUGCAGGAUGCAAACUACAAUGUAGAAAAAGCUCAGCAAGGUAAAAUUGGGCCCUUCUUCCCGCUGGAGGUGCCAGUAAAGCCUCACAUACAUUUUUAAUUUGUUCUUUUAAUGUUUGGGUUCUUCUUCUUAUGCAAUAGGCAGAAUUUCAUAACACUGCCACAGCACAUUGUUCUAUUUUUAAAAAAGAUGGCCUUCACUGUGUACAGAUUGUCCUUCUUGCACAACCCAAAUGCUCUUCACAUUAAUUGCCUCUAAUUUACAGGAAUUGUUUUCUUGGAUGAAGUGGAUAAGAUUGGCAGCGUGCCAGGCAUUCAUCAGUUGCGUGAUGUGGGAGGAGAAGGCGUUCAGCAAGUGAGUAUCGAGAGCUUUGCUGCUGCUCUUUCAGGAACUAUCAAGCUCUAGAUAGACUGUCCUAAUUUGCAUGUAACAUUAAGCCAUGCUUUAUUUCAAGAGUGGAAAGCCUCCAAUCUGCAGACGAAAUGUGGCCCUCCAGGCCUUCCAAUUUGGCCAGGCUAUCAGGAAGCCAUGCCCACUCACUCCUCACCAAGGAGUUUGAAGGGGAAGCUCCAGGGGUAGUGUUUGAAGGCAUACUCCCACCCCAUUGCUUGAGGCAUUCAAACACCUGCCAGUUUGGGGGCAUUUCGACAUCCAGGCUGAGGCAAUUGGCUCUGGGGUGGCUUAGGACUUCAUGGCUGCCAUGACAAGCAUGGAGCUGUCUCAACAUAUUGGCAGACCACACUUUGGACAUUGUUUUCUCAACUGGGCAGGAAGAGGGUGGGAGGUAUUGACAUCAGUCCCUUGCCAUGCUCAGGUCACUUCCUGUUGAGAUUUAGUUCCUCACCGCCUUCUCCCCUCUGUAGAAGCAGGGGACUUAUUAGGAUGGUCUGCCCUCAGAGGCUGAUAGAUCAAUGGGUUUCCAGACAGCUUUGGGGAUUUUCCAGCUGAUAUGACUGGUGCUUCUUUCAAAGCCCUGGCUGACUUGUGGAAAUAUCCAAAUGGCUCAGGUUGUUGACUCGAUCACCCCUGAGCACAAGGUUGCCAUGUCAUUAUGAAUACAUUGCUCAACCCUCUCCUGUUUUAACUUAGGGCUUGUUAAAGUUACUGGAAGGGACAAUUGUGAAUGUUCCAGAGAAGAACUCCCGUAAAUUACGUGGUGAGACUGUGCAGGUUGACACAACCAACAUCCUCUUUGUGGCUUCUGGUGCUUUUAAUGGUCUUGACAGAAUCAUCAGCCGGAGGAAAAAUGAAAAGGUAAGGAGACGUGGAAUUAAAAUUGUACAAUUUAGUCAUGCAAGGUAAAAGGGACGCGGGUGGCGCUGUGGGUUAAACCACAGAGCCUAGGACUUGCCAAUCAGAAGGUCGGCAGUUCGAAUCCCCGCAACAGGGUGAGCUCCCGUUGCUCGAUCCCUGCUCCUGCCAACCUAGCAGUUCGAAAGCACGUCAAAGUGCAAGUAGAUAAAUAGGUACCGCUCCGGCAGGAAGGUAAACGGCGUUUUCGUACGCUGCUCUGGUUCACCAGAAGCGGCUUAGUCAUGCUGGCCACAUGACCCGGAAGCUGUAUGCCGGCUCCCUCGGCCAAUAAAGCGAGAUGAGUGCCGCAACCCCAGAGUUGGCCACGACUGGACCUAAUGGUCAGGAGUCCCUUUACCUUUACUUUUAGUCAUGCAAGGUACACUUGGUUUUAACUGCUGGUAGCUAUUCUGGAAAGGAUCGGAGCCAUUGUGCUAUGAAAUACAUUACCCAAGGCCGUGUGUGGCUGGCAUGUUGCUGCAGCCCCAAAGUGGCUGCCUUUCAGCGUUUUUUCACUUAUUUAUUAAAUUUUUAUACCACCCAUCAUUCGUAGAUCUCAGGGUGGUUCAUAACAUAUAAAUACAUGAUAAAAACACAAAAGACAUAAUAAAAACAAGAACAAAAAACCAAAUCUGUCCCGAUUGCCCAAUGUCAGGAACACACACUUCAGAUUCCCACCCCCGUAACUGAAAAUAGAGCCUGGAGAGAGAGAGAAUCUCUAUAGAUCACAGCAGCUCCCUCUCCCUGACCCUCAAGUCUUCCCUGAUGGCUGCACCAAGUACCCCGGUGGGCACAACUGGGUGAGACCAACUCCACUCUGCUCACCCACCCAGGUCUCAGUGACACAGACCAGAACUGCUUCCUCAUCCACAAUCAGAUCAUUGUUGAGGAAGAUCUUAACUCCAAGCUGACCUGGCAUUCAACAACUGCAGCUGUUAUCCCUAUAAGGAUGGCACAAGGGUGAGCUGCCACCCAUUUGGCUUAUCUAGCACACUGGAUUAUACUUUUUAUCACCACUGUAGAACAUAUAAAUGACUAUAUUUUGGCUUUCCUAAGUGUUGAGGGUUGUGUUUUUAUUUUUAGCCUGGCGAUCCCAUGUGCUUAUCUUCCAAAGGGCACUUUCCAGCAUCAACAUGUGGUCUGGUUGACAUAACUACGUUAGAUGAUGAAAAGUGUUACUGUUCUAUAAAACUCUUUAGUCCUUGAUAAUUAUAAUACUUUUAUAUUGAAAGCUAAACAUUAUAGGAGACCAGCUGUGCUAUCGUUGCCUGAAAAACUAGAGCCGCAAAAACUUGUGCAUAUAGUGACUGCUGCAUUGGGCUAUGGGUUCAAAUCCCACAAGUUGUGUGUUCAAAUCUUGUUACCUGAACAGCAUUUGAAAAGAUUUCACAUUUUUCAAAUGCUGUUCAGGUAACAAGGUGGUCAAGUCAAAAUAAAUAAAAAAAUAAAAAACUGUCCAGUAGCACCUUAGAGACCAACUAAGGUGGUCAAGUGUUCCACCACAUAUUGAUGUGGUGAAAGAAAAAUAUACAUAAUGUAAUUGGGACUUUCUUCUUAAAUGCAGUCUAUAUUUUUCUCUCUUUUUUUUGGUCUUUGCAGUAUCUUGGCUUCGGAACUCCAUCAAAUCUGGGGAAGGGCCGAAGGGCUGCAGCAGCUGCAGACCUGGCUAAUGUAGGUGGAGAUUCCAGCACUCAGCAGGAUAUGGAAGAAAAAGAUCGCUUGCUUCGGCACGUGGAGGCACGAGAUCUUAUUGAAUUUGGCAUGAUCCCUGAGUUUGUGGGGCGUUUGCCAGUGGUGGUCCCCCUGCACAGCCUCGAUGAGAAAACCCUUGUACGGAUUCUUACCGAGCCUCGGAAUGCAGUGAUUCCCCAAUACCAGGCAUUAUUCAGCAUGGACAAGGUUUGGAUUUUCUCUUGUUACUUGAGACUUAUUCAGGGCUCUUUCUUGUUACCGGUAUUUUGUUUCCAAAAGAGCAGGACUCUCUCUUGGACACAUUAAAACAUUAGAUUGAUUUUUAGAAAAACUCUAUUAAAUGAUGACUGCAUUACCUGCUGAAAAACAAAAGGAAAAAUGACUCCAAAUUUAAUUUAUGCUUGUCCAAAUGCAAUUAGAGUUUCUAUAGGGAGGGAGGUAGGAACUACCGGGUGUAAUUUUUGUCUUGCAUUUUCCAGUGUGAAUUGAAUGUUACUGAGGAUGCCCUAAAGGCUAUAGCCAGAUUGGCCUUAGACCGCAAGACUGGUGCAAGAGGUCUUCGAUCUAUAAUGGUAAGGCUAGUUUCUCUUCACUGGUAUCAAUGAUCUAGGACGUAACCAUUAGUUGUGUUUAUUGAAAUCCCACUGUCUGCCCUGGGAGGUGAGUCACAAAGAGAUUUUUAGAAAUCAGAUCAUUAGUGGCUCAGUUACCCUUGUUAAAAACAAAAACAACCUUCCCUACAGCUUGAAAUUUUGUCUUGGGGAGAACAUUUUUAGCCUAGCCCAUGCUGCCUAAAGACUUUCCAACUUGCAAAGCCUUCCUAGCAAUCUAAAGUGAUUCAGUCCCAAAGAGACCAUGCCAUGUGAUAGUUCUACAUGUUCUGGAAGAAAGACUGAGUUUAGACACUAAAAUAUUUGUUAACAGUAUUAAAAGGAGUGGUGUCUGAAGCUAUAGAGCGGCUGCUUUAUUAUGAUGACAGCAGUAUGUAUUCACCUAAUGCUGGGGUUCUUAAAUGCCAAAAUUAUAAGAUUAGUAUUGAACAAAGAUGUUCUUGGAAAAUGAAUAUGGGCAUUAUGAGGAAGUUCAUAUCUUUUGCAAUCUUUUUGCAAAUAAAUAGAAUCUUCCUUUGCAGUAGUGAAAUCAAAAGUAUAUUAAUGGUGGUGCUAAUUUUAUUCCCAUCGUGGUGGAAGUUGCUUUUCUCAUUUACUGUAUUCUGGAUCUUUAUUUUUUUGACUAAGUACUUCUUAUUUUAAAUAAAAGUGGGAAAGGUAUAAAUGUGUAAUCAAGUCAAAGAGGCAGAAAAAGAAAAAACAAAGAUUGAUUUGGAGGAAGAGCAAGACUGGCAGGGAAUUAAUGCUUGGCCGAAAGCAGAGAACUGAAGGUUGCAUAAGAAGUGGCUUUGAAGCAGGGCUGGCCUGGAAUGGCUAGAGUGGAAUCUGGAAGCGUAAUUGCAUCUUAGACAACUUCCCGCACAUGCAUCAUUUAAAUGAGUUGCACAACAGCUCUACGGUCCUGUGCAGCUCUUGAGUGGGUUUUGCACAGAACAUUACCAGUAGAUCCUGCCCAUAGGUCAUUUAUGUCUGUCUUCUAUUCCGUCACCCAUGCUGAUUUCAUAAUCUACCACUUUCAAGCACUUGUUUCACCUUGCCUUGUGGUAGGGCCAUUUAAGAAGCUGCCCAAACCAAGUCAGACCAUUAGUCCAUCCAGAUCAGCACUGCUAAUACAGACUGGCAUCAGGUCUCUGGUGUCUUUUUUCAUGCCUAUCUGAAGAUGCUAGGGAACCUGCAUGAGACCUGCAUACAAACCAUGUGCUCUGCCACUGAGCUACAGCCCUUCCACCUUGUUUUUAAGGUGGAGUUAGAAGAAAGUAGCUAUGCUGAUGGCAGCCUUAGCAAAGUAGCAUUGUGAUAGGAUUCCUGACAAAUGUCUGUCAACUAAGCUCUCACCUUAUUUAGCUACUAGAGAUGUUGACAUGAAUGAACAUUAUACUAAAGUCCAUUAAUUUCAAUAGGUUUACUAUAGUAGCUUGGUUGGCUACUGCCCUAUGCCUCUUUCAGGCAGAGAAGUGCUUGUAGCAAACUGUCUAUUGCUAGGUGUUCAUUGGAAGAGGGAUUGUGUGAGCAAAACCUUGAUGCUAGGUGUUCAUUGGAAGAGAGAUUGUGUGAGCAAAACCUUGAUGCUUAUCCUUCUACCCCUUAGGAAAAGUUACUGCUGGAACCCAUGUUUGAAGUCCCCAAUUCUGACAUUGUAUGUGUGGAGGUUGACAAAGAUGUCGUGGAAGGAAAGAAGGACCCAGGAUACGUCAGGUAAUGUCAGGUUUCCAACACUAGAUUGGGUUUGAUGCAAAAAUAAACAAAAACACUUUUUCGCAAUUACUUUUUUUCACAGUUAUUUUAAUAUUUUUUUAUUUUUAAGCUACCUUUUACAGUAGAUGGCUGCUUAGCAUUUAACACAAACAGGCUGAACAAAAUGGCUAAUAAACAUUCACAUUUUUGUAUUUUCAACUCAAAGGCCAGAUUUAUGCAUUUGAAAGAGGCUUCAUUAGGCCAAUUGGAAGCAGGAAUCUUACUGAAAGCUGUCUUUUUGAAAGGACACUAAUUUUAAUAAUAAUGUGGGUUGUUUUUUUUAAAAAAAGCAAUUAACUUUCAAAGAGCAGCAUACUUUACCUCCAGUGGUGGACAUACUUUAUAUUUAGAGUAGGAAGUAACCAUAGGUGACCAUCCAGUCAGGCCUCCUGCUUCAGUUUUGAGUCCGUUAUUUCUGGUGUGCGUUGCUAGGAUAAAAAGAUUACAAGAAGUGCAGACUUAAGUUGCCAUUUCAUUUUUCAUUUUCUAAUGGACUUUCAAGGCAACAGUCCACAGAACUGAUUCUCUCCUUGAUCCAAGGGACCAGUAGAUCGAUUCAUCUUGAACAGCAAUUCCACCUACUUUGUAGCAAUUUUCUUUUAAUAGUUAUUUAUUUGCUGCCGUUCUGCUAAAAGUACUCGGAGAAAGAGCCAUUGUUUCUGCACGCAGACCCCCUUUUUCCUUUGCUGCCAGUCAGUGAACCAACAAUCUGAUUCAGUACAUGACAGUUUACAACGUCCCUACUAUAGAAUAUAAGUUGGGAGGUAAAGAUGCAUUGUGGUCCUGGGGAUCAGUAUCAAAAGUUCAACUGGGCUGAAAUGGCUCCCUGUUCUAGACAUUACAUGGAAGUAGAGUCAUACCUCAUGUUACAUUUGCUUCAUGUUACGCUUUUUCAGGUUGCUCCCCGCAGCGACUCGGAAGUACCGGAAAGGGUUACUUUCGGGUUUCGCUGCUUGCGCAUGUGCAGCAGCGCUACAUCGCGCUUAACGCAGGUGCACAAACGCCAAAUCAUGCUGUGCACCUGCACAGAUACGGCGCUUCAGGUUGCGGGCUUUUCAUGUUGCGAACGGGCCUCCGUAACGGAUCCCGUUCGCAACCAGAGGUACCACUGUAUUUGAUCCUACUUGUGUUUAAUUUUAGGGCUCCAGCUAAAGAUGCUUCUGAAGAAGAAUACGAUUCAGGAGUAGAAGAAGAAAACUGGGCUCGCCAAGCAGAUGCUGCAAACAAUUAAAUGCUGUCAGAAUGCUCUGCAGAAAAUGCACUUAAUGGGGAUUUUGUUUUUAAGACCACAUCCGGCUUUUUAGCCUAUUUGAUAACAUUGGAUCUCUCCUGAAUAUGAUACAUGUUCAGAAAAUGUUGGCAGCGCUAAUGGAAAUCAGAUCAAGUAUUUUGCGUAACAUCACACUGAUUUAUUUUUUUUGGUGGACACUUGGACUUCAGUGACAUAAUGUUCAGAAAUGAAAUGUAUAUUAUAUUUUGUUCAGUUAAAAAAAAUGCUCUCUUUUUUAGUGCUGAGCUGAAAAGGUGGACUCCCCUUGUAAAAUUCAUCCCUUUCUCCUUUGGGGCACUUUUUUGGCCAUUUAUUACCACUGGGUUAAUGCACCCCCUCCAAAACAUACACACACACACAAAACCUGCACUGUAUCCUACAGUUUGAUGAAGGCAGCAGUGCACCAUUGCAACCCUCUUUUCUCAACUUCAGUCAGCUGCAGCUGGUGCCAUUUUUUGUUCCAAUUUAGAUUUCAUCUUAGUAGCAAUGACAUAGCCAGAUCUGAUCAACUACAAGCCUGUGUGACAACAGUCACUGUGGUCAAACAAUGCUAAUACAUUGAAAUAGCUUUUUCCCAUCAUACGACAAAAAUCUGGCUGCAUGGCAGCAUCAUUGUUACUAGGAUCAAUGGGAAGGUUAUUUUUCAAACUGUGAACCGGUACAAAAAAAAGAAAGAUUCUGAGUUAACAUCAGGCCCCCUCAAAAGCUCCUUUUUUCUACUGAAUGCAUUUCCUGAAUAACUUUCAGCUCCGCCCUAGCUUUUUCAGUUCUAGAGUGCAAUGCAGGUAUUGCCAAUAGUUGAGGAAUUUUACAAUAAUUAUACUACACAAUUUGAGCAGGGAAACAUAACACACAAAUAUUUUGAAUCUACUUUUGUUUGAAAGACCAUUCAGUAUGCACUAAAUAUCUUUUCUGCUUUAAAUGCAGUGGGUGCUAGAGGUACUUGUUUCAUUUAUAAUGAAAACUGCCCUUAAAAACUGGAUAUGAAAGAUUUAGGACAGUACUUUCUGGUCCCCAAACUCCAUAUUGGUCAAACCAGCGGGACUGCUCUAGAAUAAACAGGUUGUGGGUUGACCUUAUUUUAGAGCAAACUGCACCACUUUACUAAAAACUUAAUGUAAUGUGUUAAAAAUAAUUGGAUAUAAUACCAAAGGGUUCAUUCAUUUUUACUUACCUUGAUUAAAUAUCACAUGUAGGUUUUGGAGAAAAAAAUGGAUAUUACGAGAACAGAUGAACCAGAAACUUGCUAUACCUUUUUUUGACAGAACAAAGGUUUACAGGAAGAAAUAGACCAUAGAAUAUAGAAAAUUCUAUGCCAAUAUUUUAAUAUAGUACUUUUUAUUGAACGUACUGGAACCAUCAUGCAUCAGUUUUUUGGUGCCAGGUAUUUUUCCCAGCCUACCUUCUUAUAACAUUAAGAGGCACAAGAAAGUAGCAUAUAAUUGUAUAAUAUUUUUCAUGUAAUCAGUAGUCACUGUUUGCACAAAAUUCUUAUUUAAGUUAUAAGCUUAAAACGCCGGUCUGCAUCUUGUUAUUUUAAAUCUUUUAGCAAAGCAAAGAUUGCUUUGUUUUAAAAGUUAACUUGAUCCUUUAGUAAAGUAUUUGUAAAAACACAAAAGGGCGUGUAUGUUUUUGAUUCAUUUCUGAAAUUAAAAUCUGUACCUAAAAGCUUGAUGUCCUUCCUUCAUGUUGAGGUGUCCUUAUAAAAGUUUUGCUGAACUAGGUUCCAUUUAGACACUGAUAGAAUAUUUUUUAAACUUGACACU